AUCCGUGAUGAGACGGAAUACACGUACUGUCUUUUUCUGUCCAAUUCGAUGAGCACGAUCCUAUUAGAAUCAGAAUGAAGCGAGAGAUUUAAAGCUUGAUUUCCGUUUCCAUUUUCAGGUCGGCGGCCCGAGAACUAGCUGUGUAGAGCUCCUGAGCUAAGCGGCCAUUUUCUAGCACGGCAAGUCACGCCCCCAUUUGCAGACUUAAGAUAUGGCGCAGACGCUGGUUUGUAUUGCGACGAGGAAGGAUGAGUGGAAACCCGGAUGUUCUGGAAUACUACAGGAACAAAAACUCCAAGAAACCCAUCAGGGUUAUUGACUUAAAUGACUGCGAGGUGCAAAAAUACAUUGGAGUCAACUUAAUAAAGAAGGAAUUUGAAAACAGUUUUGUCUUCAUUGUGAAAACAAUCCAGCGCACAUUUUACCUUGUGGCGAGGACAGAAGAGGAAAUGCAGAGCUGGGUGAAUAACAUCACUCAGAUAUGUAACUUCGGACAGCUAGAGGAUGGAACAGAUUCUGUUGAGAGCCUUUCUCAUACGAACUCCUCUGUCCAGGCGUCCCCAGCAGUCUCCACUCACACGUCAAGAAUCACAGACCCUUCUUUCUCUGUGGACAGUGCUUCUGCAGACAUCACAUCGGAGGAAAACAGGAGUGAAUCGGAAUCCAUUUUCAUCCCAGACUAUUUGUUUUUAUCAAACUGUGAGAGUGGCAAACUAAAUAGUGCCAGGUGUGAUGCUUGGUCAAAUUCUGAGAAAUCACUGGAGCAGACGUCUACAGAUGAUGUGUUUCUUGACUCGGUGCAGUCACAACAUUCGCAUAACCAGACACUUUUUGGGGUUAACCCUAACCAUAAUAAUAUGCCACCAGCAAGCUUAAUUAUGGUGAAAGACUUGGAUUCCAAUGGAUCAUCUAGUGACUUCUCAUCAUCCUCCCCAUUGUUGGGGCCAUCAGUACCACAGACAUUUUCAGUGGAUUAUACUAUAAUCAGUGAUGGUGAAGUUUUGCCAAUCACUCCACCUCCAAGACCACCCAAACCAAACCAUUUUUCAGAAGGCAGGCCAGAGGUGAUUUCUAUUGGUAAUCUUCAGAAUGGACACUUCUUCCCUGGAAUGGUGCCAAGAAGAAUUUCUCUGUCCAGUUUGGACAAUGUGAGGAACUGGAGAGGCGAGCUGGAAGAUUGGUCAUUAAGAACAAGAGACAAGAGGCUCAGUUUAAAUCUGCCUAGGUUUGCACCUCUUUACUCCUUAACAUCUGAAAGCUCAGAAGACAGUUAUGUCCCAAUGAACCCAAAUGCUUCUCCUCCUGCUUCCGAGUCAGACUGCAGCACAGAUGGGUAUAUCCCUAUGAGCCCGGUAACGGCAGCCUUUCCGUUCCAGUCUCCUGUUAACUCAAAGGUUUCUAGUCCGCUGCCCGAACUCCCAACAGACUUGGAACCACCUCCAGUGAACCGUGAUCUCAAGCCUCGUAGAAAGAUGCGCCCACCUCCUUUGGAUUUGAGGAACCUUUCCACUAUUAGGGAACACGCUCCUCUUACACGAAUGUGGACAGUGCCUUACAAUCGAACCAGCUUUACCUCUCCAGAAAGUGACUGUAUUAACUCAGCUGGAAUCUUUUCCGGUUCUGGUUUUGGAGAAGACGUAACCUACAUUCAAAUGGAACAUAGACAAGGGACCUCCCCUGUCAAUGGAAGUUUUCCGUGGCCACGGAAGUUCAAUCUGGACUAUUUGGCACUGGACUUCAAUUCUGCAUCCCCCUCACCUGUACAGAAGAAGCCAUUUCUGUCGGAGGAGCAGCGUGUAGAUUACGUACAGGUAGAUGAAAAGAAAACCCAGGCUUUGCAAAACACUAAACAAGAAUGGACUGAUGAGAGGCAAUCUAAGGUUUAAAGCAGUAUUGGUUUCUUUUCGGAUUUUUUUGCACUAUUGGAAAUGCAGCUAAAUAAACAGACUAUGCCAGUUUUCUUCUGUUAAGAAGGAACAGAAAAGGGAAAAUGUGACAUUUACUUUUUUUUCUUUAAAAUGCUCUGAUUUGGUAUGUUGCGUUUUAAAGACAAAUUCACCACACUAGGGAUCUGUAUAUACUAACUGGGAAAUGUAUUCUCCGUCUUCCUGUUCUGUAAGGAUGAUGUCAGUAGGCCCACAAAUCACAUUUGGGAACUGAAGGUUACUGAAUGGCACAGAAGUCCCUGUGUUAACGGUGUCAAUGUUGUGACUUGAUUUGCUUUUCUGAUAUAUCAUAAAAGGUCAACAAACUGGGCUGCUUAGGGGGAAAUCAGCUGACUUGGACUUUGGAUUCACUCCGGAUAUUCUGGUCCCACUGAAGCACUGUGCUGGGUGGAUUAGCCCCAAGACUGGCAAUAACUGUUUCUUUUGUAAAUGGCAAGUCUAAUCCACCUGUAACAUUCCUCAAUGAAUCUAUAGAUACAGAGACAAAUAAGCAUGUUUGUCUUGUCCAGUCAUUUAGAAAAACAGGUAUGGAAUCUGUUAUCCAGAAUACUCGGGACCUGGGGUUUUCCGUAUAAGGGAUCUUUCCGUAAAUUGGAUCUCCAUACCUAUAGUCUACUGAAAAAUCAUUUAAACGUUAAUUGAAUCUUAGGGGAUUGUUUACCUCCAACAAGGAUUAAUUACAUUUUAGGAUUCAGUACAAGAUACAGGUAGAUACCAUACCUGUACUUUUUUAUUAUUACAAAGAAAAA